AUGGCAGCCUCAUCGUACAGUGUCCAGCAGUACCUGCUCGACAGGGCCAACAUCCACGACAUCGUCACCAAACUCAACUUCGCCAGGCUCGCUAGCGAAGUGUACGCGGCCGAGGCGCUGAUCGACUGCACGUCGGUGCUGGGCGGCGAGCCCGAGACGGUGUCGACGGCGGAGUGGAUCGCCGCCGUGCUUGCGCUGACGUUUGACGCGUACGCGUCGACGCAAUAUCUGCAGACCGACGCGUCGCCAUCGUCAAUCACGAAGAAUGCCGGGCUCCUCCAAGUCAAACUCGGCCGCGACGUGGGGCUCGAGGAGAAGGGCGACAACCCCUGGCGCAUCACCAAGGUCAAGCUCGUCAAGAGGUGGGGACAGACCGAGCUGCACGCCAAUUAA